AUGUCGAAAACAGCAGUUGUGACCACUACUAGGCAAACUAAGAAAAGAUCUGCAGCAAAGAAAGAAAAAGCAGAAGUGGAAGAGCCUAAGAAAGAAUUAGAAACUCUAAAAUCUGAAACAGCGGAAACCAAAACUUCCCGACGAAAGGAAAAACCUAAAGUAGUGGAUGAAUAUGCAUACGAUUCAUCUGAUGAAGAGGAUUUGCGUAACACAAUAGGAAAUAUUCCAAUUGAAUGGUACGAUGAUCACGAUCACAUAGGAUAUGAUAAAUUUGGAGAAAAAAUAAUCAAACCCAAGAAGAAAGAUGAAAUUGAAACUUUCUUAGAGAAAAUGGAAGACCCAGAUUAUUGGCGUAAAGUAUUUGAUCGUCAAACUGGACAAGAUGUUAUUUUAACUGAGGAACAAAUUAAUAAGAUCAGAAGUAUUGCCUCAGGAAAAUACCCAGUCGCGACUUAUAACCCAUACGAACCAUUCCUUGAUCUAUUCUCUUCUGAGAAAUCUAUCCACCCUAUUGAUAAUACUCCGGAACCCAAAGCUCGAUUCAUUCCUUCUAAGGAUGAAAUGAAGAAGGUUUCUCGUAUGGUUCAUGCCAUUCAAAUGGGAUGGUCUCAAAUUGGGCCUAAACGUAAAGAGGAGAAGAAAGUGUACGAUUUAUGGGCUUCUGAAGAUCAUAUGGAACAUUUGAGUAAAUCUCAGUUAGCCCGUAUGAGGGUUCACAUGCCUGCGCCUAAGCUUCCAUUGCCUAAUCAUUCUGAGUCUUACAAUCCACCUGAGGAAUUCUUGAUGGAUGAAGAGGAAAAGAAGAAGUGGGAAGCCACAGAACCUGAAGAUCGUACUCGUACAUUCAUACCUCAGAAGUUUGAUGCUCUGCGCAAGGUUCCACAAUAUGACAAGUUUAUUACUGAGAGGUUCGAGCGCUGCUUAGACUUGUACUUAGCUCCAAGACAGAGAAAGAUGAGAAUUCAUGCUGAUCCUUCCGAUUUACUUCCCGAUUUACCAAACCCCAACGAUCUCAAACCUUUCCCAACUACAUUGGCCUUUUACAUGGUUGGUCAUGUUGGACAAGUUCGUACACUGUCGGUCGAACCAGAGAAAGGACAGCUUCUUGCGUCAGGAGGUGAAGAUGGAACAGUUCGCAUAUGGGCAAUGGAUACUGGUCGGUGUCUUAAAGUUUUCAAAGUUGAUGGCCCGGUCACAUCUGUUGCAUUCUGUCCUAUCGCUACUUCAACAUUACUUGCUGUAUCUUAUGAAGGAAAGGAGGUUGCUAUAUUCAGUACUCAGUGUGGAGAUCGUCUAUUAUUAUCUAAUGCAGAGAAACAGUUGAAGGAUAUUCCUGUGGGUGAGGAUCCAGAGAGCGCGAUUGAUUGGAGACGACACAAAGAUAAAGACAGAGUUAUUCUGCGUAUGCCUAAUGAAGUUAGAAAGGUUACCUGGCAUGCACGUGGAGACUAUUUUGCCACAGUAUCUGUUGAUGACAUUGCAGCUUCAGUUUAUAUUCACCAACUUAGUAAAGCUAAAUCUCAGUGUCCAUUCACGAAAAGAAAAGGUCAUAUUCAAACUGUUGCUUUCCAUCCUACUCAAGCUCGCCUCUUUGUGGCAACUAAGAUUCAUAUCAGAGUCUAUGAUUUGGCCCGUUGUCAACUUGUCAAAAAAUGCAUAACAGGAAUCAAACAUAUUGGUUCUAUGGUACCUGAUUCUCAUGGAGAUAAUCUUUUCGUUGGAGGAUUAGACAGAAAGUUCUGCUGGAUGGAUCUAGAACUAUCAAACAAACCAUGGAAGAGAUUGAAACAUCAUUCUUCGGCUAUCAGAUCAGUUGCUUAUCAUAAGAAAUACCCAUUAUUAGCGUCUGUCAGUGACGAUGGAACUGCAAUGAUUUACUAUGCCCGUAUACAUACUGACUUGGCUAAAGAUAAUGAACUUUAUCCUGUCAAGAGAUUAUAUGGUCACCAACAGACUAAUGAUUUACAUAUGUUGGACUGUGUAUGGCAUCCCACUCAAGCUUGGCUACUUACAGCAGGCGCGGAUGGCAAAAUUGGAUUGUUUAGUUAUUAA